GCCGGGCACCAAGUCAGGGCGGGAUCUGCCUGCCGGCUUCUCCGCUCCAGCUUCGUAAACCCAGCAAGCGCCCGAGCCACCCGGGCCCGACGGCUCGCUCGGGCGGGACGGCGGCCGCCGCGCGCUCAGGCUCGGCUUCGCUGUGCGCCCAGAAGAUGAAUCCGUCCUCAGCGCCCCCUCCGCUCCCGCCGCCCGGGCAGCAAGUGAUCCACGUCACGCAGGACCUCGACACGGACCUCGAAGCCCUCUUCAACUCUGUCAUGAACCCCAAGCCCAGCUCGUGGCGGAAGAAGAUCCUGCCGGAGUCCUUCUUCAAGGAGCCGGAUUCAGGAUCGCACUCGCGCCAGUCCAGUACCGACUCGUCGGGCGGCCACCCGGGGCCCAGGCUGGCCGGCGGCGCCCAGCACGUCCGCUCGCACUCGUCACCCGCAUCCCUGCAGCUGGGCACCGGCGCGGGCGCGGCGGGCAGCCCCGCGCAGCAGCACGCGCACCUUCGCCAGCAGUCCUACGACGUGACCGAUGAGCUGCCGCUGCCCCCGGGCUGGGAGAUGACCUUCACGGCCACUGGCCAGAGGUACUUCCUCAAUCACAUAGAAAAAAUCACCACAUGGCAAGACCCUAGGAAGGCGAUGAAUCAGCCCCUGAAUCAUCUGAGCCUCCACCCUGCCGUCACUUCCACACCAGUGCCUCAGCGGGCCAUGGCCGUGUCCCAGCCAAAUCUGGUGAUCAAUCACCAACACCAGCAGCAGAUGGCACCCAGCACCCUGAGCCCACAGAACCACCCUGCCCAGAACCCAUCGGCGGGGCUCAUGGGUCUGCCCAAUGCGCUCACCAGUCAGCAGCAGCAGCAGCAGAAACUGCGGCUCCAGAGGAUCCAGAUGGAGAGAGAGAGAAUCAGAAUGCGCCAAGAGGAGCUCAUGCGGCAGGAAGCCGCCCUCUGCAGGCAGCUCCCCAUGGAAGCGGAGACAAUGGCCACCGUGCAGGCUGCUGUCAACCAGCCCGCCAUGACCGCAGACAUGAGAUCCAUCACCAAUAAUAGCUCAGAUCCUUUCCUCAAUGGGGGACCCUACCACUCGAGGGAGCAGAGCACCGAUAGCGGCCUGGGUUUGGGGUGCUACAGUGUCCCCACAACUCCCGAGGACUUUCUCAGCAACGUGGAUGAGAUGGAUACAGGGGAAAAUGCAGGACAGACGCCUAUAAACAUCAACCACCAGCAGACGCGCUUCCCUGAUUUCCUUGACUGUCUUCCGGGAACAAACGUUGACCUAGGAACUUUGGAAUCUGAAGAUCUGAUCCCUCUCUUCAAUGAUGUAGAGUCUGCUCUGAACAAAAGUGAGCCCUUUCAGACGUGGCUGUAGUCGCUGCCGUUGUAAGUGGGAAGCAGCCCUGACCUGACGUUUCCUGGGCCUCUUGGGAAAGGUGACGGAGCUGAGAAGGUCUGCCUCCACGACUCUCGCUCCCUCCUUUCCACGCGGCCAGUUUAGUCAUUGCCUGGUUUUGAUUGACAGGAACUUAAGUUACACAUAAAUAUUCUGUUCUGAUUUUCUGCAAGCCCGCAUUCCUGAGCUAGAUGAUGCAGGAGUGUGUCCGCAGAAUUGUGUCUGCAGAAUUACUUUUUUCUCUCUGCUGCCCCAUGGCUAAGCUUUAUGUGUGUUAGUGGACAUUUAUGCAUCAGUUUAUUGUAAACCAUAAAAGGCUGACCACAGGUAGUAAAUUCAGAUGGACAUCUUGGUUCAGGAAAUGUGCACAAAAUUAGACCUGAUUUACAGUUUCAGAAACUGUAUGAAUGACAGUAGUACCAAAUGCUUUAAGACCUAUUUAACUUGAGCUUUAAAAAUCAUUGUAUGGAUAGUUAAGAUUCUGCUGUAUGGAAUACAAUGUAGUUUUGAAUCCAUGCUAGCUCUGAGGCUCUUACUACUUUGUAUUGCAAAGGCACAGACAGUGCUAUUAUAGUUUAUUUUUCAUUGUUUUACUGUGUAGCUUCUAGACAACUUAGUCCUUCCGUCAGUAGUAGAAGCAUUAGAGUUCUUAGAGAUCUUGUGAAAGAGACCAGUUUUUACUAAUAAUAAGCAUUUAUUAAACAAAAAAAAUUUAAUUGCAACAUGGAUUUGCUAACAAUGCAACUUAGAAUUUGAUGUUUAUUUAGAAAACACUGUAAUUUUAUAGCUGUUGACCAAGGGCAGCCAUAUGUUUUUGAUAAAUCAGUGCUAAACUGUAUUUUUUUUCUUUUGAAAUUAUUUUGAAGACAUCGGGAUUUCAACCUGAUGGCACAUGCAAUAAGCUGUUGCUUUUCAAAUUCUGAAGCCUUGUCAGUUUUGCUUUGAAGAUCUCAAGUAUUUAAAAUAAGCCUAUCUAUGAAACUGUUUGAAGGAUGAAGCAGAUCUCCAACUGACGUGUAACAAAAAUGCCCUCUGAGGGCCAUCGGUGGAGACAUGUUUCUGAAUGCAGUAAAAUUGAUUCCCACAUAUAUUAUCCUAACCCUGCUUGCGACAGCUACAGUUGGUAUAAAAAGGCAUGAGCUAUGUAUUCAAUACCUCCAUGUAACCAAAAACUUUAUUAGCUUUUAAGGACUGAGCGAGCAUCCUGUUCACCUGGCGUGCAGGCUCCCUGCAUUGCCGAUGAAGUCCUCAAAUGUUUAAUAUUUUGAAUGACAUUAUUUAUAAUCUAUGAAUUUAACCUUUAAAAAAACAUUAAUAAUUCAGGUCUCUGAGAGGAACCUUUCAAUUCCCAUGGUGGGGGCGGGGGGAACUUAUCUUUGGUGAUCUUACCCAAGACCCUUUUCCAUCUGUCAGAGUUUAGAUGUGCAGACCACAUUUGAUCUUGUUGGAAAGAAAGCAAGUGAAAAGGUCAGAGGUGAAGUAGGGAAGUUGCGGAAUAGAGUGGGCAGGAUUCUAGCUGUGAAAGGGGGGUGACGAGGGAUAGCACCCCAAUAGCAAGACAAGCAGGAGGUGUGAGAGCUGCCCUGAAAGAACAGAGCAACGAUUUUCUACUACAACCUCACACCAGUGAUUCUGUUGUGGCAGAAAAGAGGGCUUUGGCGCACUUUACGUGGGAGAAGAGUGCAGGGCCGGCCGUGGGUCUCUAUCCGCACAGCCCGGCGCAGAGACCUGCUGCGUCUCCACACUCGUGAGUGCUUUCUCCUCGCGGACCGCGGUUUAUGUUCCACUAAUUCCUUUCGUUCUCUCAGCACUCUGAGAGAGUGAAGGUAGAUGUUUAUGUUGCUACUAAAUUGAAAGGGAGCACUCUUUCUUUUUCUUUUUUGUAAGCAAAAAUUGCAAAAAGAGUUGUACAUUCUAAGAAAAAAAAAAAAAAAUAAGGGACCUAACAGAACUCAGCAGUGUUACUGUAUUUUUAAAAAAUAUUUUUAUAGAUGCAUUUUCAGGUUAUUAAAUGUAAGAGAAAGAGAUACCCUUCUUUUUUUUUAAGUAGUUAAAUCAUUGAUGAUUUACAUCACCAACUUUUAGAAGUAAUUUUUUAGUAAGUUUAUGGCAUUAGAAAAUUCUAGAAUAAUUUUUAGUGAAAUUAGAACAUUUAUUAAUGAAUAUAAUAAAUAUUUUUCCAAAAUAAAAUAUGGACCCUAUUUGUUUACUAUUAGAUAAAGGGAGAUAUACUGUUUUGUUGUUUUUAAAAGCCAAAAAAAUACGGCUUUUGUUAAAGAACAUUCAAGCCUGAAAUCUAAAGUAAGAGCUUUUUUUGUUUCGUUUCAGUGCUGGGGUUGAACAACCUAGGAUGCAUGCUAGGUCCACAUUCUCCCACUGAGCUACCCCCCAGCCUCCAAAGCAACCUUAAAUGACUAUUUCUUAUUAUUGUAAGUGUUACACACCUCAGAAUUCAUGAUAAGGUGCUAUUUAUACUAUAUAUCUUAUUGUAAGACAACUGCCAGGAUACCUAGUCUUUGUAGUCCUAAAUCAAUCUGUUUUACCAUCUCACCCCACAGUUGUGCUGUGCGAAAGGCCUAUUUUAAAAAGUGAAGUUGAAAAGGAAUUUCAGAGAUCUUUCACUCAAGAUUUUUUUUCCUGAUGAAAUACAUUGUCUUACUAGCAAAUAAAGUGUCAGAACCUGUUGGUAAUUCUGUUACAUCAAAGGAACGGUUAGCCUGUGUUUCCGCCUGUAGGUAGGGUGUGAAAUGCCAUGACUUUCACUGAUGACGGGACGCACGGGAAGCGUGAGGACAGUGGACAGCUCAGGUGCUGCAGUGCGCUGGCCCCACCUGGGGGAACAGCUGUGCCGGGGCGGGUGCGCUGCAGUGAGGCGGGUCGCCGUGACCGUUGUGUUCUCAUCACAUCAGCAGAAAGUCACUUCCGAGAGUACAACUUGGAUUUUAAAAAAAUAGGCUGUUAAAAAAAAAGGAAAUUACAGAUGCAUUGGAUCGGGAAAAUGGGUGAUUGACAGAGACCGUUUCCCUAACACUACAUCAUUUAAUAUGCUAGUACUUUAACUUUUUAAAGAAUUUACUCCUACAUUUUGUAAUAUGACAUAUGUGUGUUUAUUUCUAAUUCCGAAUGUUGUGCGUACAGAAAGUAUGCGCUCAAAUCAAUCAGAUCAAACCAUUUUACCUAGAGUUUGGUACUGGUUUUUACUUCUCUGAUUCUGUAUAAGAAAAAUAAAUACAAAUGAAUUUCCA